AUGUAUGCCUACCCAGACUUGUACGAGGCGACAAUCGAGGAGCUGCAGGAGGGGCUCAAGAAGCGACGCUUCACUAGCGUUGAUCUCGUCAAGGCGUACCUCGCCAGAAUCGACGAAGUCAACAUCAAGGGCCCAGGGCUGCGCGCUAUCAUUGAGACAAAUCCCAAUGCGCUCAAGCAGGCAGCAGAGCUAGAUGAAGAGCGGAGGUCCAAGGGAGCACGCGGACCGCUGCAUGGGAUCCCCAUCCUACUGAAGGACAACAUCGCCACUUUGCACAGCGAAGGUGCGUGUUCUUCCUCUGCCAGCAUGAACACAACCGCGGGCUCAUACGCCCUCCACGGCUCUGUCGUCCCUGACGACGCCACUGUGUCUGCCAAGCUGCGAGCUGCCGGAGCGAUCCUCCUCGGCAAGGCGAGCCUCUCCGAGUGGGCACAUUGGCGCGGCAAGAUCCCCUCCGGCUUCUGCGGCCUUGCGGGACAGUGCACGAACCCGUAUGUACCGCUGGGGAACCCGUCCGGGUCGAGCUCUGGUAGCGGCGUCGCAAUGGCGAUCGGGCUCGCUGCGGGGUCGCUCGGGUCCGAGACGGACGGGUCGAUCAUCUCGCCCAGCAGUCACAACAACAUCGUGGGCAUCAAGCCGACCGUGGGGCUCACAUCGCGCGCGGGCGUCGUGCCGAUCUCGGAGCACCAGGACAGCGUGGGCCCGAUGUGCCGCACCGUCACGGACGUCGCCAUCAUCCUGGGCGCGAUCGUCGGGCCCGACCCGCGCGACAACUACUCCCUCGCGCAGCCCGCAGUCGUUCCGGACUACACACAGGCUCUGCGCGCGGACGGGCUGAAGGGCGCGCGGCUCGGGGUGCCGCGAAAUGCGUUUGAAAACUCAGAUGUGAACCACGUCAUCGAGUUCAACAAGGCGCUGGAGAUCAUGCGCGGGCUGGGCGCGACGAUCGUGGAUCCGGCAGACUUUGAGGGCCAUGCAGGCGAGUGGGACCCGAACAGGUUGUGGGAGUUGGAGGCGCGGGUGUUGUGUGGCGACUUUAAGGUCAAUGUUGAGCAGUACAUAUCGAAACUUAUCGAGGUGCCGACCGGCGUCAAAACGCUCAAUGACAUCAUUGAGUUCAACAAGACGCACGCGGACAAGGAGCUCAUCGAGCCAUUCUGGGCCGAUCAAGUAACCUUAGAGGAAUCCGAUCUGGCGAAGCAAGACGCGACAUAUUGGCAUGCCCUACUGCACGACUAUGAAAUGGGCCGCGAGAAGGGCAUCGACGGCGCACUAAAGCAAUACAACCUCGACGCGAUCCUCAUGCCGACCAGCAAGGCCUCACGGCCCGCAGCAGUCGCAGGGUAUCCCGUCAUCUCUGUUCCACUCGGCUUCCAGCCGGCAGACGUUGCACUGGAAGCAGCGAACCCGACGCGGAUGAACGGGCCCAAUAUGCCCUUUGGGAUCGCGUUUCUCGGCACAGCGCACAGCGAAUUCAACCUCAUCAAGUAUGCGUAUGCGUACGAGCAGGGGACGCACGUUCGCCUGCGGCAGAAGGCGUACCCCGAAGCGAUCCCGAAGACACAGCUCAAGGAUGUCGUCGGCAAGUGA